AUGCCUCAAUAUCAAAAGUCGAAGACGCCCAAUGGUCACCCGCCUGACCCCGUGCCUCCACUUAGCGACGAGGUCAUCUAUGCACGCUACAAGCUGGCGGAAGAUCUUUUCGUUGUCAACAAUCGCCCCACCGUUCUUGCAAUCUGUCAGGAGCUUCGAGACCCUUGCAACAGCUACGGCAUGAAUCAAGUUCGCCUUGCCUGUGUGAAUUUGCUGACGGCCAUCUGCCUACCUUUUGACAUUGCGCGCGGCGCCGACCAUGCUCAAGCUGUGGAAGACUUCUACGCUCUCAUCGACAAUGACGAAUUCCGAUAUUCCAUCAACCACCCUGCGCUAAGUGCACAGCGAGCACCCUGCUGCACCGAUGAGCGCCCUCAUGAGCAAUUGAAGGGCGAGAGGACCGUGCCCCCUUAG